UGUGGCAUUGGAACGCAAGGAAUGUCAGCUUGCUGAAAGACGAUCAUGUUUACUGUCUUCAAAACUGUCAUUAAACCGGAAAAGUGAGCAUUUUUAAACCGGAAAACGCAAGUUCGUGGUAUAUCGGGGACACUGUUGGAUUGCUGUUUAUUCUACAUAGCUUCCGACUAGUCGGUUUUACUCUGUAUUCUGAGUGCAACAGUUCCAGACAACGAGAACGGAGUUGUUCAGCGAGCAGAGGUAAUUUUACCCCCCGAGGCCAAACAGCAAACUAGCGGGUGCUAGUGCAAGCAGACAAGAUGCCGACCACAUCGUACCGUACGAAGACUAUUCACAGCAUCUUGGAUCCAGUUGCCCAACAGGUUGGACAACUUGUGAUCCUUCAUGAACAAGCUGAAGAUGGAAAUGCUAUGUCAGAUCUGACGUCGCCGAUCAAGAUCGUCGCCCAAGCUGUCAGCAACCUCGUAGCUGUCGGUAAACAGACUGCAAGUACCAGCAAAGAUGAGAUACUCCGCCGUGAGAUGCCGCCUACGUUUCAGAUGGUGGAGCGGUCUUCCGGGUUAUUGGUGGACGCAAGUCACAUGUUACAAGCCGACCCGUACUCGGUACCAGCCCGGAAGAAGCUCAUUGAUGGAGCUAGAGGGAUUCUUCAAGGCACCUCUGAUCUCCUCUUUGUAUUCGACGAGAGCGAAGUGCGUAAGAUCGUCAAGAUCUGUGAGCAAGUGCUUCAGUUAUUGGCCGUGUCGGAGGUCGUGGACACCAUGGCAGACAUUCUGACUUUUGUUCAGAGUCUUACUCCCGGAGCGACCAGCAUGAACGGUCAAGUAUCAGCACGCAGGGAGGAGUUGAUCAACGCGUCCCACGCCGCUCAGCUUGCUCAACACACCGAACAGUUCCAGAAGCUUAUCCCCUUACUGGUCUCUAGCAUGAAGAUCUACGUCUUUAUCGUACAGGACAAUAAACCAGGCAAGCAAGAAGCCUGGGAGAAUCGUACGUACAUUGCCAGUAAAAUGAUCUAUCAUAUUCAGGAGAUCAUACGCGUUCUGCUAGCUGUGGACGAUGAUAGUUUCCGAGUGGAUGACGUGACUGGUCUGCGUGCUGCUCAGAACCACAUCAGGAACAACAUGGAGAAGGCCAGAGGCUGGCUAGGUGAUCCCAACGCAGCACCUGGCGGCAUGGGUGAGAAAGCUCUACGACGUAUUCUUGAGGACGCUCGGAAGGUUGCCAGCGGUCUGGACGGGCCACAGAGGGCAGCAAUAGAGCAAGCUAUUGACGAGAUCACGGCCAUGACCAAUGAACUCGCUGACCUCAGGGCCAAGGGCCAGGGGAAUAGCCCACGCGCCUUGCAGCUUGCUAGUGCCAUCAAUGGUAAACUGGCCAAUCUACAAGCCCAGAUCGAUGCUGCCAUAGCCGAGGUAUUGAAGAGCAGCAUGGGCAAGCUUGCCUACACUGCUGGUGGGAAGAUGGCCCAGGCUAAGGAAUGGUUGAACAACCCUGGUGUUGAUGAUCGCGGAGUUGGUUAUCGCGCCAUCAAGGACAUCAUUGAAACCGGACGUAAGAUCGCUGCAACCUGCGAUGACAUGGGUCAGCGGAAUGAGCUACUCCGCCUCUGCAAUGAGACGGAAGCCUUGGCCAAACACCUCAAGGACCUGUGCGAUAAAGGCCAGGGGAACACUCCGCAAGCAGAAGCAGCCGCUAAGAAGUUGUCUGAGAAACUUGGCAAGUUGAAAGAGAAGAUGACGGAGAUCGUGAUGGGCCAGGUGUCGUCCGACUUCUUGGACCCCAUGGCAGCCGUGCAGAAACUACAGGAAGCUGCGCUGGCACCGGAAGGAACCCCGAACCGCGAGGGUACUUUUACAAGCAGAGCGAAUAUAUUUCUGACGAAUACUAACAAGGCGGCCGACACCGCAGCACGCUUUGCCGACAUCGCUGAUGCAGAUAAAGAUACUGUGGAUGAGAUCAAUCGCCUUAGCAAUCAGGUUAAGGAGCUGACUCCUCAAGUGAUCUCUGCCGCACGAAUCGUAUUGGUCAACCCCGGCAACAAGGUUGCAGCGUCCCAUCUUGACUUCAUGAAGAAGGAAUGGGAGGGGUCAAUGAGGGAGCUCGACGCUAAGCUGACAUCCUCACUGGAUGUACCUGCAUUCAUGAAAGCAUCAGAGGAAAGCAUGAAGAAACAGACGGAGAUAGCCAAGGCUGCCGUCAAGCAGCACGACCCUCAGACCUUCGCCUCUAGCAUCUCCAACAUCGCUCUACGCGGCAAGAACAUGGUGAAGGUCGCUAAACGGGAAGCUGACAACAGCGAAGAUCCGGAGUUCAAGCAGAAGGUGGACAUCGCAUCGGAUAAACUCACUGAUUGUAUUCCACCAACGGUGUUGACUGGGAAGCAGUUGAUGCAAGACAUGGGCAACCCCGACAAGAUGGCCAACUGGCAAGAUGCCAAUAACAAGCUCAUGACGUCUGUUGCGGAACUUAAAGUUCCGUUCAUCUUCGUUAUUCCUCUUCAGGAAUACUACCCCCCUCCGCCUCCGGUGCCGGCACCCCCACCGGCACAAAUGGGACGUGCCCAGCCGGCCAAUCAGCAGCCAAUGGGAGGGCCGUAUAACGGCCCCGGAAGCGUGUCUUCAUACACGCCCCGCACCCACUCCUCUGGAGGACCUGAUCUUCCUGGUUACCAGAGGGCAGCUGCUGAGUUACAAGAGGCCCUACACAGCCCGCCUGUUGCCCCCAUGGCGCCUUAUUAUCCAGCGACACCGGCCUACUCCGCUAAUCGUACCGACCCCCUUGUACACUCUGCGAGCCAACAGCCUUACCAUGCUCAGCCAUCCGGUUAUCAGCCAGUAGAGGCAGCACGUACUGCACCUCAGGUUUACGCUGCGCCUCCCGCCGUACCUCCUGUGCCUCAGCCACCAGCAUCAUACUCACCGCAGGUUUACUCUGCGCCUCCCGCCGUACCUCCUGUGCCUCAGCCACCAGCAUCGUACUCAUCGCAGGAAUAUGCUGCCCCUCCCGUCGAUUCUCCUGUGCCUCAGCCACCAGCACCAAACUCACCGCAGCCAUCUUCAUCUUACAAACAGUCAUCUUCUCGACCUUCUCCUCCUCCUCCUCCUGCAUCUUACUCAUCAAGACGCUCCCCUUACACUACUUCUAAGACUCAAGACUCUGCACCCUUACCACCACCACCACCACCUAGCUACCAACCCAUACAAGCACGCAAGGCCGAUACCAGACCUAUAUCCACGGCCCAAAUGACCCAAGCACACGUUCUGGACCCCUAUGUACCAUCAGCCUACAAGGCCACACCCACUGCAGGUCAAGGGUCACGGGCAGCUAACACCGCCGUUGGCCAACAGGACUGGCAUACACCAGCAGAGAUGCUGGACAGUGCUGGUAAUGUGCGUCAGGCAUUCGUGAUGUCUCAGCCACCUGUAGAAGAUAUGAGCAAUCUGAGAGUCGACCAUGCGCCACCACGACCACCGCUACCCCAGGGUGAGAUCCCACCUCCCAGGCCCCCACCCCCAGAGGAGGAGACUGAGGCUCACUUCCCAAGAGAACCACCACCAAGUAACCAACCAAUCAUGAAAGCAGCCUAUGAUUUGCAUUUGGAGACCCAGAAGUGGUCGAGUCAAGGGAACGAUCUGAUCGCAGCAGCCAAGAAGAUGGCUAUCCUCAUGGCUCAGAUGAGUAAACAUGUCAGGGGUGAAGGUGGUAGCAAGAAAGACUUCAUCAUGUGCGCUCGUAUGAUUGCUAAGCAGUCUGGAGAAGUAGUGAGGCUAGCCAAUAUGAUUGCAGAUCAGUGUACGGACAAACGCAUUAGACUUAACAUGAAGCAAGUGAUCGAGAGAAUUCCUACUUUCAGCACUCAGUUGAAAAUCCUGACUACCGUCAAGGCCACAAUGUUGGGAUCUCAAGACGAAGAGAAAGAUGAAGAGGCCACAGAGAUGUUGAUUGGAAACGCCCAGAACCUGAUGCAAGCCGUGAAGGAGACCGUCCGUGCCUCUGAGGCCGCGUCCAUCAAGAUACGCACCGACGCCGGUCAGAAACUCCGCUGGGUUCGCCGUAAUCCAUACGCAUACUAAGAGGUCAAGAGAGGGCGAUGUCACCCAAAGGUAGCCCGACUGUGGGUUCUAGGCAAUCGCCUGCAAUUUAGAACAAGUUGAACAUUUUGGGCCAUGUCACACCAGGGUUCAAUUUCAUAGAGUCUGUAAGCACACAAUGGCCCAGAUGGCCGAAUGAUCUCAAACUUCUACAGGUUUGU